UUAGCUUGAAAACGAACGUGUCGUGGUCGCAAACAAUAAACGGUUUUAAAAUAAAAACAAAAAUAACGAAAUAAACACAAUCUCUCUUAAAUAAGCUUUAAGAACAAAAACAACAAAAAUAGUAAAAAAUAUUAAAUAAAUAUUAAAAUCGAAGACAUACAAUAAUAAGAACAACGAGAGCAACAAAUAACCAACUAAUACUAUUUGGAAUUGUAAACAAGUGACGUCAAAACAAAGCAAUUAACUCGGAAUCUCCUAUAAAUCUCAAAAUAUGCAACAUAAUACUAAUGAAACCUCUGCUACCCCUUCGACAAAAUCUCCAGAAAAUACCAAUCAACAGGUGCCUGUGCGAACAUCAUUUAAUCCUAGAUUCGUUCUAACUCCCGAAAGUAUGGGUAUGAAUUUACGCUCCGAUUCUCCUACACCCAAUAAAGAACAAGCACCACCGCCAGAACCACCUCUAGUAGAGGUGAAAUCUUAUUACGAAAGACAUAGUAAAAAGCCUAUGGUGGGACUACUUUCCGAUUUGAAACAAGAAUCAAAUGCCUCUUUUCACAGUACUCACUCAAAUACUCCCACAAAUUCGUAUGCGUCGAUUAGGACCUCUGGGUAUCCCAUUAAAACCCCUUCGCCAAAUAUAUCACCAAAAUCACCAUCGCAACAACAAUGGAAUUUCGAUAAUACAAUGAAAGCGGAACAACAACAACAACAUAAUAAUAUAUAUACCUCAUCGGCUUCUCUAUAUCCCACACAAUCGUUAAAAUAUCCUAAUGCUAGCCACAGCAACUUUACGCCCAGUGCUUCUAGUACUUUACAGAAUGUAAAGUGUCCCACCGUUGAACAACCGCAUUCAAUAUCGACUAAUUCACAUUGUACUUAUGUUCAAAAUAAUACAUCAUUGUCGGAGAAUCCGUUGCUUGGCUACGGGGAGCUGCAUCAGAAAUAUAGAUCGGGUUCAGAUGUUUGCAUAGGCGAUUCGGCUAAAUUAAAUUACAGCCAUUUAAAUAGUAUAUAUUCGAAGAGGAUAGAGGACAUCGAUGCCAAUGUUUGGGGAGAUAAAGAUUUAAAAAUUAUCACCUACCAAGAAUGGGUUGAAAUGUUGACGAAAAUUAACGAAUCCUUUAUCGUGAAUAUGGAAGCAUUAGAAACAGAAGUAGCCGAACAGCUGGAACUGGUACAGAGAAAAGUCAAUAGCAAUUGUCGUCACAGUCAGGGUAAUGAGUUAAUGAAAUGUCGCAAAGACAUAGAUACGCUACUGAAAUAUAUUAAAAAUGCUCGAAAUUAUAAUAGUUGGGAUCUGCAGGGUUUUACAUUUGAGACAAUAACACCUUCGCAGUUAUUUGAUAUGGGCGAUUUUGAAAAUUUAACUAUUGAAGGCAAUACUGGAGAUGCAACAAAGAAUAGCAAUGAUGCUGAAGUCAUGCAAAGAAACAAGUUGUAUGCCAACAUGAAAGCUUUGGCUCACGAAGUGGCCGAGAAACAUGAUGAAGUGAGAGAGCUUAAACGUCAGGUUAUAUCUAUGGAGGAUGAGAUACAGAAAGCCCAACAGAAAAUCCAAUUAAAAGAUGAUGUUAUCAAGGAGUUAAGAAAUGAUCUCAAAACUGCCAAUAACAAGCUCUCGGCCCAUCAUUCAGCGGAAAACAGUUUGACAAUGCCUCCUAUUAACUUUGAAGAUCAAAGUUCUCGCAGUGCAAAUACACAAAUAAUCGAUACUCCCAGGUUCCCCGAUGACAAUGGCUCACAAUUCGAUUCUCUUAGUUAUACAGAAUUUGAAGAACAACAAAAGCUCAAAGUUUUAGAAGAGGAAAUGAAUGAGUUCUUCGAAAUGAAUAAGGAAUUAAAUAAACAGAAAAUGGAGAAUCAACGUAAACGUUUAAUGGACAUUUUUCAAAAAUCUGAAUCCGAAAAAGCUGCUGCUUAUCGUAAACUAGACUUUAUACGCAGUCAACUUAUUGACUUGGAAUCAGACUCUAUUGAGAGUAACAACGAUUGUGAUUCCGGAUUUCAUUCGAAGAGUGAAAAUAAUCAAGAUGCCAAACUUUUAGAGGCCGUACGCAAACGUUUGCGCAAAUUAAAUGAAACUAAUAGUGACCUAAAAAAAAGGUUGCAAAAGCUAGAAUUAGAAAACAAUGAGUUGUCUAACAGUUUGCAGUCGGAGAAAACAUUUUCUCAACGUAAUAGCGAGACUUUAAAGGAAGUUGCAGAUUUAUUGUGUAGCUUGAAAGGCAAACAAUUCUCCUAUACCGACAUCUAUAAUACCGCACCUAAUGAGAUGAAUCCUUUCUGUGAAGCCAUUAUGGAAAUGAAAAAAGAUUUUCAAGAUCGAGAAAGUCAACUAAUGAAAGCAGUAGGCAUAAGAAACAAACAGGUAGAAGAAUUAACAGAAUCGUUGUUAAAAAACGAAAAAGAUUUUAAUGAAGAAAGAAUACUGAAUUGGAAUGAAACUCUCAAAUGCCAAAUUGCCCAUUUACAACGCACACUCUACGAAAGAGAUCAACAUAUUCUACAGUUGAGAAGUAUGCUUAAAAAUGUCUCUCAAAUACAAUCGAUAGAACCUCAACGCGCUGCUCUCGAAUAUGUUACUUCGCGCAAUAACUUUACCGCUGAGCUGGAAAAGAAAAUUGAAGAUCUAACGGAAAAGUUGGAUAAGUCAAUGAAACAGGAGAAUUUCUUACAUAGAGAAACUCGUAAACUUAAUGAAGAGUUAAAUGAGAGUAAACGUAAGAAUGGUGACUUAAUUACACAGGCUCAUCGCUUGGGCAACCUUUUGAAAAGUCAAGAAAGUCAUCGCAUGGAACUGGCUGCCAAAUAUGAAACUUUAGAGAAAAACUAUGAAGAUCAAGCUAAAAAAUUACGGACUGCCAACAAUCAGCUGAUUAUGUUGACCGAACGUUUUCAAACUAUGGAACGGAAUCAAAAUGAAUAUAAUAUGGAGCGCAAUUUACUACGCGAAGAAGUGUUAUCGCUAAAGGAAAAUCACGCCUGUGCCAUGGGUCAACAAAAGAGCCUGCAGGAACAAUUGCUCAAAACCGAAAAAGAACUUUACCAAGCACACGAUGUCAUUAAAGAGCAAAAAGCUAUUAUGCAACGCAACGACUUCGCCCAAAACGAAGCCCAACGAAGAUUGCAAGAAACUAAUGCCGAACUUAAAAGAAAUUUAGCCGAACUAGUACAGGACUAUAAAAAAUUACAAGAUGAACACGACAAGCAGAAAGAGAUCAACUUGCAGCAGCUGAAAUUACUCGAGAAUUUUCGCAAAUGGAAGGAACAGCAAUUGAAGGCCGAACAUACAACAAGAGAAAAUUUUAAAAUCUAUCAAAAUUGUAUAGAGGAAAUGUUGCAGGAUAAACAGAAAUUAAUGGAUAACUUUCAUGAGCUCUAUAAAGACUAUAGUCUGCUGCAAAAUGAAUUGGAUCGUUUUAAAGUGUCUUCAUUAAACCUUUCCAACUUUAAUAGACUGCAUAAUACAUCAGAAAGAUCGAUUGCCGAACGUUUGGAAAUUGUACGCCGCACAACACGUCGUGUUUCGGAACAAAGUUCCUCGUUCAAAGACGAGGAACCAAUUGUUUCGAGAGACGACUCAACAAGUUCUGCUUUCCGACCAAGCGAGGAACCACUCUAAAAUUAACUGAUUUUUUUUUCAUUUCUUUUUUAUAUGUAUAUAUAGUUGUUUAUCUUUUAGAAGUUUGUAUAUAUAUUAUAUAGAAUUGUUUUUGUAAUUUUUUUAUGUAAGUUUCAUUUUUGUUUUUGUUUAUAACAAAUUUAUAAGAUCUUUUGGCUGCCAUUUUGAAUUAAUUAUAUAAUUUUGUAAUAUAUAUUUUUUUGAUAUACUAUAUUAUUAUGCUCUAGAUGUCUAGAUAUUGUGUUUAAAACCUCAAUAAAAAUUAUCCUUUUUGGACAAUUGAUGUGGA